AUGACCAUCCUUAGGGGUGGAGUACAUCGCUGCCAGGACCCGGGGGGGGGCCGCGCGCACCGCUGCCUGGACCUUCCCGGGGAGAGCGUUGCUGCCGGGACUCCGAAGGAGGAGGAGCGCGCACCCCUGCCAGGACUUUGUAACGGGAGCACGGCUGCCAGGAUCCCAAGGAGUGAAGCACACCUCUGCCAGGACCCUGCGUGGAGCGCACCGCUGCCAGGACCCUGCGUGGGGCGCCCCGCUGUCCCCGCCCCGCGCGUCCCAGUCGCCAUCCUGGUCCACGUCCUAGGCUCUCCGGCCGUGUUCUCCAUCCCCGUCCCCGGUCUCUGCCGCGUCUCGGGCCGGCCUCGCCCGCACUUCCUGGUCACCGUCCCUCCGCCCGCGCCCUUCCCGAGGGCCUCCGCCGCCGCCGCCCUGGCGCUGCCCGCCGAGGCCGCCUGCGCCCUGUGCCAGCGCGCGCCGCGAGAGCCGGUGCGCGCCGACUGCGGCCACCGCUUCUGCCGGGCGUGCGUGGUGCGCUUCUGGGCCGAGGAGGACGGGCCCUUCCCGUGCCCCGAGUGCGCCGACGACUGCUGGCAGCGCGCCGUGGAGCCCGGCCGCCCGCCGCUCAGCCGCCGGCUGCUGGCGCUCGAGGAGGCGGCUGCUGCGCCCGCGCGAGACGGCCCGGCCUCCGAAGCGGCGCUGCAGCUGCUGUGCCGCGCCGACGGGGGCCCGCUGUGCGCCGCCUGCCGCAUGGCCGCGGGGCCCGAGCCGCCAGAGUGGGAGCCGCGCUGGAGGAAGGCGCUGCGCGGCAAGGAGAACAAGGGUUCUGUGGAGAUCAUGCGGAAAGACCUGAAUGACGCCCGGGACCUGCAUGGUCAGGCUGAGUCUGCUGCUGCCGUUUGGAAGGGACACGUGAUGGACCGCAGGAAGAAGGCCCUGACCGACUACAAGAAGCUUCGGGCCUUCUUUGCCGAGGAGGAGGAGCGUUUCCUGCAGGAGGCGGAUAAAGAGGAGGGGUCCGCAGAGGACGAGGACAUAGACCCGGCCGAGCGCUUUGGGUCACUGCUGCAGGCUGUCUCGGAGCUGGAGAGGAGGCACCGCAACCUGGGGCUCAGCAUGCUGCUUCAGUGAUGUCCUGCCCUCUGCUGGCUCCAGACGGUAACAGCUCCAUCCACCCUGGCCUGUCGCCCAGCAGCUCCUCCAUCACCUCCUCCUGGACCUGCAAUGACCUUCACCCAUGAGGGUCUGCACCGAGGUGCACACACAGGAUGCAUACCACGGGUGGCCACCUUGGGUGGGCCAAGACUGCCCCUAGUAGUGUCCCUGUUCCCUUUCCCUGUGGGUAUUCGUGGUCCCCAGGCUGUAACCGUUUUACCGUAGAGACCUGUAGCUACUGGUGGGUACUGUUGACCCCAAUGUAUCACGACUCUUCAUAAAGUUCUUGUCGCUGUCA